AUCCCAUCACCUUUUCAUUGUUUUGAUUCCUCAGCAGCCUCUUCUUCUUCUCUCUUUUGAAGUUACUUCUGCUCUUGAACUUGGUUAGUUUAAGUCACCCGAUUCAGGCUGGACACGUUUCUUACAAACCACUUACAUGUAAUGAGUACUGCUUUGAUCACCAUUAACUCAGUAAAUAUUCUGUCACCGAUCGUUUGAGUCUCAAUCACGAUCACAGCCGUUGAUCAAGGAGGAGAAAUGGAAAAAUCUACGGCUUUCAGGGAAGCUUACCUCAACGGGAAUCACCAUCAUUCCUUUUCUUCUUCCUCUGCUUCUCAUAGACAUGUUAGCUACAGCUGCGGUAUCUGCGGGUAUGAGUUGAACUUGAGCUCCUCCAAUCGAAACACGUCAACAAUUGGCUCUAAAUAUGGGAAAUCCAUAAAGCGGGGGAAAAUCUCAUUCUUCUUGAUCGAUGAGAGUAGAUUUACUCAGGUUGAUGAAUUCCAAUGCUUUCCCUUCUUUUCAAAAAACUCCCUUGGUUUGUUCCGCCAGAGAACUGCACUUCUUUGCCGCAAGUGUGGUAAUCACAUUGGAAUUGCUUAUGCUGAUGAAGCUUCAGCUUAUCCACUUGUAGCAGACGGAUCUGACUCUUCCUCAGUCAGUGAAGUUUUCAAACGUCGAAAAUAUGAUGUUAAAAUCCGUGCCUUGCAGCCUUCUUCUGCCGAGCAGUUUAGCAUUCCACUUUACACCUGAUGUAUUGGAGCAAGCCUCUUCAUGUUUUAUGUCAAUCAAAUGAUGUCAAUUAGACGUCAAAAACUAUGCCAGAGGUUUUCCUGUGACACUUUCAUGUAUAUACGUUUGAGUGCUCCUUUAAUGUU